CAAUCUUAUAUUAACACACUACAAAAAAAACAAAAAUGGCUUCUCGUAUCGCAAGAAAAAUUACCAAGGCAGUCUUAUCUCGUGAACAAAUGGAUGGUGAUGGCGCCAGAGUGUAUCGUAGUAUCGGUAGUCAUGCUCUUCGCAACUUGGAUCCUUUCCUCAUGCUGGAUGAAUUCGAUGUACGCGCACCUGGUGGAUUUCCUGACCACCCUCACAGAGGAUUCGAAACAGUCACUUAUAUGUUAGACGGUGAAUUCUUGCAUGAAGAUUUCAAGGGACAUAAAGGACGUAUCGGUCCUGGUGAUUUACAAUGGAUGUCAGCAGCUAAGGGUAUUGUACAUGCAGAGAUCCCCGCCAACAAUAGCCGUGCACAUGGCCUUCAAUUAUGGAUCAAUCUUUCCAGUGCUGACAAGUUAUCAGAACCCAAUUAUCAAGAAUACCCUAAAGAACAAGUCCUUCAUGUCUCUCCCGAAGAAGGUAUUGAUAUCAAGGUGAUUGCAGGUGAAUCUUAUGGUGUUCAAAGUCCAGUCAUGACACGAACCCCUACCAUGUUUAUCGAUGUCAAAUUGAAGAAGGGUAAGACAAUGGAACAGGUCAUUCCCAAGAACUAUGCUGGCUUUAUUUAUACAGUGGCUGGUACUGCAUUAUUUGGUGGUGAUCAACACAAGUCGGAAGCGCAUCAUACCUUGGUCUUGAGCGAGAAUGGCGGUACUUAUAUUCCCGUGGAGUCUACAUCGGAUGAUUGUCACUUUGUGGUCAUUGCAGGUCAACCUAUCAAGGAACCCAUUGUUCAACACGGUCCCUUUGUGAUGAAUACCCAACAAGAAAUUUAUCAAGCCUUUGCUGAUUAUCAACAUGGACGUAAUGGAUUUGAGGGUGCACCUGAGUGGACAUCCUCUAUUCGUGAUCGAUGGUCUUCUUAAAAUAUUAUUAUUAUUAUUAUUAUUAGAACA